AUGCGCCUUCCGUUGCAACAGCUUUUGACCAACACGUGCGUCCGAACGGUUGGAGAGAAAUUGGCACCACUACAGCUACUGAACAUCGACAACCUUAUUUCUUUCCAAUCCAACAUCUCGGAUUCUUCUCCACCAUUUAACAACGCGCAUCCUUGCAAGAAUUUCGGCGGCGCAAGAGAUCUCCAGGCACUCACAGCACCAAACGUCCGAACCAUUAACCCCGCAGCAAGGAUCUCGCUUCUAGGCGCAUUCCGUCUCGUUCAGGCGCUAGGCAUCCAUCCCAAGACACCAUAUCAAUCCUUCAUCUCAACCUAA